CGCGUCGCACGCCACCCCGAGGAGACCGCCGCCGUUACCGCACCGCACACGCACGUCGGUCGCGUUUUUCGUUUGUUAAGACCACUAACACCGCCACCACCUCCACUGCCGUCACCGACGCCACCACCGCCGGAGGAACCCGCCGAACGACUACGAAAACGUGCACCGGGCCUGGUGCGUACUAUCACUGGAAUAUUAUUAUUAUUACAGGUAAUCGCUCUCUGACGACGAUGACGACUAGACCACGACUGUGCGCCCGCUAAAUGUCCGACGAGUUUUUUCCAUCAUCCCGAUAAUAUGCAAAUUUGUUGAUCGUUACGUGUUAACGGUAUAUUUUUCACAAAACGCACGAAAAUCGCGAGUUCCAUCGAAAAUAUUCAUGUGCGUCGUACAUAAAUAAUACCAACCCAUUAUAAUAUAUCACGGGCUUUUUGCGUCGACGGUUUAUUGUACUGUGUGACCCAGACACCGUCACAUCGGAGAAUAUAAUAAAUAAGACGAUAUAUUUCCCGACUGCAAUAUUACAUAUUUGACAUUUCGGUAGGUGUUUGGUAUAUCUGUGUCGUCCUCUCUCUCUCCCUCUUUCUCUCUUUCUUUCUCUCACUCAACAGCGCUCUCACUAUCUCUCGCUCUGUUUAUAUCUCAGUGCGUCGCGUUGUUUUCGAUACGUUUGUCGUUUUUAAGUACACGUCCAUAUAAUUAAACUCUAACACUUAUUUUGGUUUUUGUAUUUGUAUUUUUUUUAUCUUAGAUCCAAACACUUAAAUUAUUGCGAAGCUGCUGUACGACACCAAUCAUGAGUGAAAAUAUUACGGACAUUCGAAUGAUAAAGAUCUAUCCGAACGGCGGUGAGUCAUUUUUUUUUUUUUUUUUUAAUUUGCGUAUUAUAAUAAUACAUGAAUACUAACAAUAAUAUAAUCUCUUAUCGAUGACGAAUUACGUUUAAAAUCGUAUAAAAUACAUUACAAUGUCGUCCACACCGAAUAAAUUGUCCGAAAUUUUAAAAAUAAUGCUAAAAAACAUUUAUUAUACAAGCUAGGUGAGUAUAGUUUAUAUUUAUUUUGAAAAUAAUCGUCGUAACUAUUAAUUAGGUAAGCUUUCUAACGCAAGUUUUAUUGUCAUUAUAUCGGUGUCCGACGCAUACCUAAUGACAUGAACGUCUCUUGUGCCGCAGUAUAUCGAAUAUUAAAAGUAUUAGGUACUUAUAAUACGAAUACCAACUGGUAACUGUAUUAAUUCCGCAGUAUAUUCGAACGAAUAUUAUUUAUUUUAUAUUUUUUUAACGACGCAGUUGUGCUAUUUUUAGGCUAUUUUGUUUACGAUAAGUUUAAAGUUCUAAUGAUAUUAAAUUCGGCGAUUGUACACAUGAGUUUUAUCUCUGGUUUUAUCUUAUCACACGUAUACCUUAUAUGAAAUGUAUCAAUAUUAUUAUCAUAUUAUUUUACAAGCACAUAUUCAGGUUCAAUUUCUAGGGGUUGGGGUUUAAAAAUAUUUUUAGUACGUGAACUAUUGUAAUUAGUGUUGUAUAAUAAAUCUAUAUCUGCUUUUGGAUUCUCGGGGGGAGGGGGUAAACCCCUAAACUACCUCCUCUUUAUACGGGAUUGUUAUUGUAUAGAAACGAUGAACACCCUCUUAUUAUUCUAAUACUGUACUAUAUGGUCACAUAUUAUGCCAUAAUAUUACCAUUGUUGUGAUUCUAUUAUCGUGCAUUUUUAAUUUAAAGUACAAAAACUAAAAUAGUUUACGAUUAUAAACAUUAUAAUCUCCUGAUAUAUUCAGACAAACUUAUAAAUAAUAAAAAUAAAAAAUAUAAUAUAGGUAAUUAAAUAAUUUAACAAAAAUAAUGAAAUUUAGUUUACGGUACCUAUAUUUACUAAGCUUACAGUAUAACAUUAUAAUGCGAUAAUAAAACACUAUACUAUUCGAAAAAAAAUAGUCAAAAUUAUAGGGUAAUAAUAUUAUAUACUUAUACAGGUGUUUUUCAACACUCACCGUCGUAUACAAAUGCAGCGUCGUGAUUAUAAUAAUACUAGCUGAAUUACCCGGCGUUACCCGGAAACAAAUUCGUGACAAAUUAGAUAACGCCAUAUAUUACCAUUUACCGUCUUAAAUUCAUAAUUAUCGAUAAUAUACAUAAUAAUCUAAUAUCUAUAUAUAUAGCUGGUUUACCCGGCUUCGCCCGGGAGGUAUUCAUCUAUUUUAUAUAAAAAAAAAUGAGGAUGAAAAAACUACUAUUUUCUUAUACCUUUUUUUAUUUAUUAAUUUAUAUAUUAUCUCUAUACAUAUUUCUAUUAAGGUUAUAAUACUUCUUUGUAAACAAUAUUUUUUGUUCUUUGGUGAGGCGCAUACACAUAUAGAUUUUUUGCCGAGCUGACACGGGAGCAAGCAACAUAAAAUUAUCCGUGGGUAAAACAGGGAUUCGUGAUGUCAAGGCCUGCAACCUUCAGUGUUUGUCCCUGUGCCUUAUUGAUAGACAUAGCAAAACAAAGCUUUAUAGGAAAUUGUACUCGUUUAAAUUCGAACGGGUAUUCAUUAGUAAUCAUUGGUAUCCUGGGAAUGAAAACAACUUGACCUUGGACUGAGCCAGAAAGAAUUUUAGCUUCAAUCACGUUCCUCUGCAUAGUUACUAUCCGUAAUCUAGUACCAUUGCAUGAUUUCGGUGCAUUUAAAUUCCUCAUAAGUAUUAUUGGAGCCCCAAUUUUCACGUCCAGUUUAUGCGGAGGAAGUCCUGAUGGAUUCAAAGAAUUCAAAAAUUCAAUUGGAAUAUCAAUAGCAUUAUCUUGAUCAGUCAGAUUAUCAAUAGAAAGAUAAUUUUGUUGAUGGGCCGAUAAACUUCUCGGAACAAUUUUAUUCUCGGAAUCAUUAUUCUUAUCUACACGACGAUGACGACGACGAACAAAAAGGAUAGGUUGCAGGUAGCUGGAAACCCGCGGGCCGCCGUGCCGCACAAUACGUAUUGGCAGUGAAUAAUUAUAAUCGUUAAUUAUUCCACUAAAACGCAACAUUUUUGAAAAUCCCUCCUUAUUGCACGGUGAAAAUAUAAAAAGAACCUAUAUUCCAAAUUUCAAGUCCGUACGUUACGUAGUUUUUGAGAUACAGCGAUCAGUCAGUCAGUGGUAUUUGGAUUUUAUAUGUAUAGAUUAUUAGGUAGACGUUUUGUUUGUUUUGAAAAAAAAAUCUCGAGUUUGGCUAUUAUAAUUUUUUUCAUAAUAUUAUGAUUCUUCAUUGUGAGUAGUAUUUCACAGUAUUUCUCCUGCAUUUCCCGUAAGAACAAUAAUAUAUUUACAUAAUGUUUUACGUAUACCUAUAAUAUUAAUAAAAUAAUAUUGUAUUUCGUAUUUACGGGUGGGUAAGGGGUUUAAACUCCCCAGUAUCAAAACAAAUUUAUGAUUAAAAACAAACGGACAUACUUCGCACAAUUGUUGGGCCACUGCUCUAGGUGAGAAAUUGGAAGGGAAAUUUAACGUAUACCUGAACGCAAAGAUUAAUCAUUGCUAACAAAAACCGAUUCUGAGCGGGAUUCGGUUAUACGUGUUUUGAAAGGCCGUAAUAUUUACGAUUUGAAAAUAAUAAAUUUCAUAUAUUUACUCAUUUUUCCUACAUUUUUUCAAAGAUUUUUAAUUUAUUAAGAAAAAUCCUGAGAAAAUCAAAAAAAUAACCUCUUUAAAGUACCUCCUCAUUCAGAUUUCCUUUAAAAAAAAAAAGUGCAACAAUUGAAAAUCGGAUCAAAAAUCAUCUGGUAGAAAAGUUGUUCCUAGAAAAAAAAAAAAACAUUGUAAAACUAAUACAUUCUUCGAUCGGCCCAGAAUCUAAAAUAUUAAUAUAAUAUCAAAUUAUUGAAAAACUAGAAACUGAUUAAAGACUGAACAUGAAUAUUUUUGUGAUAUAAUUGUUGAGUUUAGAGUUUGGCUUUAACAAGAGUCGGCAAACAAUAAACGUCAGGUUGAUUAUGUAUUAUAAUAUUAAUAUUUAACAUUUUUGUUGUAAUUUUAAUAUUAUUUUAAUUCCUAUUUAGCUUUGCUAAUUAUAAAUAACAAUAAUAAAUUUCCCAUUAAAUAUAUUUAUAAUAAACUUUUGACUUUUGAGUUCUAUUUUUAAACCAGUCAAGAAAAAAAUAUUAUCUACGCCAUUGAUAUGUAUAGGUAUUACUGUGUAAUUUAGAAUGCCUAAAAUAGGCAAAUUUAUACUAUUCUUAAUUAUCCAAUGCAACGGUCGUUGCACGGGCUAAGUAAAAUAAAAGAAGCGUAGCGAACGACAGUGUAUGCUACAUCUAAUAUAACAACGUUCCACGAUAUAAAAACGUAUAUACCUAUAGUUUCUAUUUUUAAAAGUUUCUAUUUUUUAUUAAACAAGUACCUAUCUAUAAUUUUUCUUCAAAUGUUAUAAUACUUAAUAAAGUUUUUACUAUUAAAAUAAUUAAAUACUUAUAAUAUAUUAAUUUCAUAAAAACAAAUUUGAUACCUACAGAAAAAUAAAUUCUUUAUUAAGUGGUAAUUUACAAAGGAAGUUGGAGUAUUGGUAGGUUAUAAAUUAAAAGAUUUCUCUGCACCACCAGAAAUUUAGACCAAUUUACGUCACUGUAUUAUAUUAUACAAAUAUAUUACAUAAUAUACUAAAUACACCGUAAGAAAUAAUUAAUAAUUAAUACAUUAAUGUCUAGCGUUCUAAAGCCGAUCCGCAAAUGUAUUUACGUAGAAUAUAAAAAUGUUAAAAAAAAUCAUCCCUGAUCGUCACCAUAAAACACUAUGUAUAAAUGAACAAUACACGAUAUUAAGAAUUUAAGAGACGAAUUCGUGCUCGUUUUACAAUUCUUUAAAUAUUCAAUACUAUUAUAUCGAAGUUACAAAAUAAUCGUAUCUUCAUUAUUUAUUUUUUUUUUAAUAUCUGUAAAUUUUAAUAAUUAAUAUUUGAAAAAACACAAACGAAUGUUGUCUAUAUAUUUUACAAUACGUGUUUUUUUUUUAAAUCAAUAUUUUAAAGGUCUUCUCGUUGCGUGAACAUAUUUUCGCUAUAUGUGUAAUACCCGUUAGAAAGACAGAUAGUAAAUAUCACUGUGACGGCUUUUAGAAAUUCAGACAUAUUGAUAUUAAUGGUAUUGUUAUGAAAUUUUUCAUAAAUAUAUUAACAAUUAAUUAACUUCACUAUAAUAGUCUAUGGAUACAGCAUAGGAAGGUAUUUUAUAAUAAAAUUCUCGUGACUUACCCGUUUUCAUCAAUAUACCAGCUAUGGUAAAAUUAUUACUAUUUACCAAGGGAUGAGGACUAAAAACUUAUAUUUUAAUUACAUUUUUUUUUUAGUAAACAAAUUUAAAAAAAUAACUUUAUUUUAUUAUUUUCGUAAAAUUUUAAGAUCGCCAUUCAGUAGUUUAUUUUUAUGAAAACUGUAAUGUAUCAUACAUUUAUAACCGAUGAAUAGUUUCUAACAUCAGUUUUAAAUUCUACUAGUCCAUGUGAAAACCGUUGUUAUCGCGUAAUGCGGUUAGAUUAUUCUCUAGAUAACAUCGGUUUUCAAAUAUAAGACGUAAUAUAAAAACAGAAUUUGAUUAUUUUUAUUAUCUCUGGAUAUAUCCAAAGGGUAUAUUUUCGUGGGAUAGCCUGUAUAGUGUAUAAACAUACUACAUAUUAGUAUAAUUAAAAUAUUAACACUAAAUAACGCUAAAACUAUUUAAAACGUAUCAUAUGAAAUAAAAUUAGUUUCGUAUUUCAUAAAAUUCUUUAAUUCGUCUUUUUUCUAAUUUUAAUUCUAUAAACGUAGAUCAUUUUUUAAAAAAAAAUAGAUUAUAAUAUAUAAUAGGUGAUAACAAAUUACAUAAUUAUUUAUCUAUAUACGUUAUUAUAAUAUAACGAAUUUUUUUUUUAUUAGAUAUAAUAAAAAUUUACUUAUAUUAUACUCGUACAUAAAUGUACAUAUAAUUUAAAAAAAUUGUAAGGGAAUUUUCAAUUUUUUUAGUUUUUCGUUUGAAAAUACUUAUACCAGAUACGUAGAUAGUUAUAUUAAAAUACUGCAUAGCAAAAAAUAAACUAAAUCAUGUAAAAGUCGUCUGAUUUUUAUUUUAGGCAGGUAACAAUAUUAUAUGAUAAUAAAAUAAUGAAAAAAACACGAGGUAUUCGAUUGUACAUAUACGUUAUAGUCAAUAUAAAUAUAGUUGCUUAGAUAUCAAAAAGAUCACAUAUCGCAUAUCUACUGAAUAUAUACCGACGCGCUACGUGUGUGUGUAAGAAAUACCGGCGUCGUUGCGGUGUUGCAGCUGGCGUUUUCAAACAUAUUUUUCUCCUUCCUAUAUAUUAUUGUUACCUACCUACUUGUGCAUUUAAGGGUAGGUUCCAUCCGUCACACUCGCUAUAUAUAUUUAUAUAUAUAUAUUGUAUUAUAAGGGUAGAAAAUCAGAAACGCGUGUGAGCUGCAGGUAAACGGGACGUCGUCGAAAUGCAGAUGGUCCGUGUGUAUUGUAUAUCCACAUUUAUAGGUUAGGUUUAUAUGCAGCGCCAUGUGCCAAAACCAAAAUGCACCGUGUAUUGCUAUAUUUCUAUAAAAAAAAAAACCGAUUGUAUAUCUGAUUCAAUCAAAGCAGUAUUAUUUUGUGCACACUGCACGAUGAAUAUAUACGAGUAUAAGAGAGAUAAUAUAGGUACCUAUACCUUUUUUUUGAUAUAGGUAUUAUCUUACAAUAAUGUUACACUAGUACACAUUUUCUAUACUUACACGAAAAUGAAAUAUUAACUUAUUAAAAGGACUAUUUAUGCAUGCAUUUGUCUCAGUCUUACAAACGUACGACAUGGCAAAUUCGCGUUAAAAAUCUAUUUUGAGUUGUUAGUUUCAAUAAAAAUAGUGAAUUAAAAUUAAUCUUUUAUCAAAAUAUUAUAAGAAAGACCAUAUGUUGUACGAAUUGAGGCAAAAACCCCAAGUAAAAAAAUAGUAUAAAAAGGUAUUAAUAAUGAAUUAAUAAUUAUUUUAAAAAUAAUAAUGAAUUUGUAGGUGAAUUGAAAAAUAUUGAUGUACUUGUCAUUUAUAUACGAAAAAUGAAAACUGAUAAAUUUACGGAAUCACGUUCCUUUAUUUUAAAUGUUUACGGCUUGUUUUUUUAUCAGGAAUAUUGCUCUAGUAGAGAAAUAACAAGAUACCUUUAUUGUUGCAUUUUUAAUUUGUAAUCCGUUUUUUGAUUUUUCAAGUGGUUUUCAUAUUAUUUAGGAAAAAAUGAACAAAUUUAAAAAGAAAGGGAAAAUUUACGAAAAAAUGUUUUUAUUAUUAGAUUCGGAGUUUAGCGAUUGGUUUUACUAUUGUGUGUUUUUUUUUUUGUAUCUGUAAAAAAAUUUUAUACCAGAAAUAUUGGUUUGAUGUAUAGAUGAGUAUAGUACCUUUUCUGAAAGGAAAUUUUGUCUAGUUGGUGAAUUAGUUAGGUUUAUUAGAGUUUUUUGUUGUUAUUUGAUUAUCAAUAUUAUUGUAGGGAUCUGUAGUUUUAAAAAUAUUUUUGUUGGCCUUUUGUAGACGUAGUCAAAUUUUCAAAGUUUCUAAAUAUUUUUAAGCUAUUUAUUGGUAUUUAAUAUUUUCGUUUUUUAUAUUUAUUUAUAUUUGGUAGCUUUCUGUUAUUAAAAUUAUUUGACUGAAGAGAAUUCCAGAAAUGCUUGAAAAUUGAACACAAGGUAAGUUACAUAUGUUGUACUUAGUUUCUAUUGUUUUUAAUUUUUGCUCCGAUGUAUAAGUGUAGAACCUUUUCUGAAAUCUCGAGUUGUCUAGAUUGUACUUUAGAGAGAUCAUUUUUUUAAAAAUAAAAGCACUUAAGUGUGGGAUAAAACGUAGGGAAACGUACGAUUUUAUUAUUUUAUAAAAAUACGGACGACGUCUUUUACCAGAAAAAAUGAUUUAAUCGAAAAAUCACAAGACACCUUUUUUUGCUUUUUUGAUUUACUUUCUUACUGUAUUAUCGCCAAAACUUUUAAGCCACUUUUGAGUUUUUAGGAAAUUUUAAUAUUUUGGUAGUUUUUUUACUUUAAUUCGGUUAUUAAUCCACGUAGAGACUUGAAACUUGGUAAUAAUACUUAUAUUGAUAAAAUAAAAACGAUUAACCGGGAAAAAAAUACGAUUUCUUCAUGAUUUCAUUAUUUUAAAUCAAUACCUACCACGUUUUCUAGCACAAAGAUGGCUUCCAAUUGAAACACGACAAGAGAUCUUUUUUAUUGAAUUAUUAAUCUUGUUUUUAAUGAUGCAGUUCGUUUUUUUUGACUUUCGAAUUAUUUUCUAUAAUAAUCGAAAAAAACAUUGGAAGGUUAGGUUAAAAAAAAAAUAAGGCACUUCAAACCUUAUGUUAUCGAACUGCGCUCGGAAUCGUCUUUCGUUAGCAAUGGUUUAUCGUUGCUUACUGAUAAAAAUGAAAUAACCUUAUGUAUCCUACCUUCCCAACUUCUCACCUACAACAGUGGCCGCUCCCGUCCCCAGAAUCAGCCCUUUUUUUUAUUUUUGAUUUUUCUGAUAGUUUUUUUAAUAAUUGAGAAAAAUCGAAAAAUGAAAACUAAUAAAUUUAUGGCGCAACGAUUUCAUUAUUUUACAUUUUUACAGCUUGUUUUCUACCAUAAUUAUUACUUUAUUAGAUUAAUUAUUACAUAAUUAUUACUAGAAAAACGACAAGAGAAUUUUUAAUCUUUUUAGUGAUUAAAAAAGUCGUUUUUUUAUUUUCUUUGCAGUUUUUUAUUAACUUGGAAAAAUAAAAAAAUACCUAGAAAGAAUGGAAAUAAUAAUAGUUCUUUUAUUAUUUUAGAUUUUGAGCGUAGCGAGGGAGCUAUUAAUAACACAAUGAUGUUUUUUUUUUCUUCUUUGUUCUAGUCUGUAGAUAAGUUUUUUCCUAUUAAACUUAUUCCGAAUUUUACGUAUAAUAAUUUUUCUGAAAGCUUAAAUUGUGUAAAUAGUACUUUAAAAAUUUUUUGAUUUUCAACGUCAUUUUUUAAAUAAAAGCCCGCUUUUUACGUAAUUAUUAUUUUUUAGGAACUGUGUAGAUAAAAAUGUUAGACUUAAUAAAAAUGCUUGCAAAUUUGAUAGGAGAUUCAUUAUAUGCCAUGCGAGCAAAUAAAUAAAAAUUGAAAAAAUAUUGCAGAAUUUUUAAUGACAAUAAGCAAUAAUAUACGAAAACCAUAUGAUUUGAAUAUCUAUUUGAUUAUUUUUUUAAUUACCUGUUUUUUUUUUUUCAUCUGAUUAAUACCCAUUUUUAAAAAUGUUUUAUUUAUUUUCCCUAAAAUUUUUUCUGAAGAAUAAAAAACAACCAAACAAGUGUUAUAGUAUUUUUAAUUGAAACAAUAAUCUAUACCCAAUAAUCACCUGUGUUUAUUUUUUUUUUCAUUUAAAAUAAUAUAAUAUACAGGCUGUCCCACAAAGAUCUAUCCGAAAUAUAUAACUAUUAUAUACAUAGCACUACUCCGUGUGAAAACCGAUGUUAUUGCGUAACAUGGUUAGGUUAUUCUCUAGAUAACAUUGGUUUUCACACGGAUUAGUAGAAUUUAAAACGGCUGUUAUCUAUACAUAGAAACUAUUCAUCGGAUGUAAAUGUGUAAUACAUUAAAAUUUUCAGAAAAAUAAAUUCUACAGAAUGGCUAUCUUAAAAUUUUUCAAAAACAAUAAAAUAAAGUUAUUUUUUAAAUUUUUAAAUAUUCACUCAAGGGUGAUAUAGAACAAUGAAAGACUAUGUGGGAACAAUCAAUUUGCAAAGAUAUAAUAUAAUAAUAUAUUUUUAGAAUUAAAAUUGGAAAUGAUUAAUUUAAUUUAAAUUUUAGGCUCAGAUCGUAGUGAAAAAUGUAGGUACGUAUUGGAUUUACCUAUUGUAUGAUGUUUUUUUUUUUUUAUUCUGUGACAAAAGUUUCUACCAGAAAUCUUGGUUAAAUAUGUAACUGUAGCACCUUUUUUCGAAAAAAAAUAUUGUUAUAUCGACUAGAUGGUACUUUAGGAAUUUCAUUUUUUGAUUUUCUAAGCAGUUUUCAUAAUAUUAGGAAAACCCAGGAUAAAACGUAAGAAAAACGAACAAAUUUACGAAAAUAAUGCUUUUAUUAAUUUCAAUUUAGUUUUUUGUUGUAAUUCAGUUAAAAAUAUUCAUAGAGACUUAUUAAAAUUUUGGACAGAAAACUUAUAUUUGCCUUUUUUUACGUGGUGAAAUUGUUGAGCAAUUUAUAGAUAUUUUAAUUUUGAGAGUUUUAUACGUGAUUUUUAUUCGGUGAGUACUCUGUGGAUAAAAUUGUUGGACCAAACAGAAAUACUUCAGAAUGUAACAUGAGGUUCAUUUAAUGCCGUACUUUGUGGUAAAAAAAAAUUUGAACAGAGCCUAACUAGCUUAUUCAUUUUUAAUAUAUAUUGAAUGAUACAUAUUUCAUACACAUUAACAUAGAAAAUAUUGUUGAUAAACGCUGCUUAAAAUAAAAGUAUUUAGACUUGGUUAUCUAACUUUAAUUAAUAAUUAUUAUUAUUAAAUCGGUUUUGCUGAUUACAAAAUUGGAAUGUCGUGCGUUUAUAAAACAGAGACAACAUAGAUGAUAAAGUUAAAAGAAAAUAAUAGUUUUUUGAGCGAUGCAUGUCAAUUUUUUUAAAAUAUUGUUAAACAAAAAGCUAGUAAUUUUAAAUAACUGUUAUAAAUAAAUGCAAUAAAUAUUUGACUUUGCGAUCUGUGUUUAAACUUUAUAAUUUCAACCAAAACAUUGCAAUAAUUUACGUUCUAAGAAACUUAAUUUUCCACGUCACCUCUUAUAGUUAUACUUCUAACUAGAAGUAUGUAAAAAAUACCUUAUAAAAGAUACAAGUUGAUAUAAUACUCUCAAAAAAAUUGAUGGAAAGACCACUACUCUUAAUAUCAAUGGUUAAUUAAUCGAGAAAAAUAAAAUAUUUUAUUAAACGUUUUGUUUGGUACAUUCUUUACAAUAUAGUAUAUUAGUACUGAUAUAUACUUACACGUUAACUAGACUGUUGGUAUAACGAAUUUCAUUAUACACGAGUAGAUAAAUAUUAGUUUCAAAAAAAUGAUCAAUAUAUAACCUAAUAUAUAAAUCUAUGGAAUGAUUUUAAAUUUUAAUAAUUAAUAUAAUAUUAUUGUUAGUAAAACCGUACAGUAGCUCGGAGAAAUGGUUAUUUUUUAUUUUUAGAUUCUGAUUGGAGUGAAGAAGCUUAUGGUUUCACAAAAAUGUUAAUUUUAUUUUUCUGUGGACAACUUUUUUACCAGCAAUUUUUCUAAAAGGAAAUUUCACUGAAAAGGUACUUUAGAGAGGUUAUUUUUUCUUUCCGAUUUUCUCCGGAGUUUUCUCAGUAAAUGUGAAAAACUGGGAAAAACGUAGGAAAACCAGGGAAAUCGGUUCUUCCAUUAACGAAUAUUAUUAAAAAAAACAUGUAGAGCCAAUUUAAUUAUUUUACUAUAAUAUGGCAUAUAUAUUGUUGAUAAAGCUAUUAAUUGAACUCCGCUCAUAAUCGUUUUUUCGUUAGUGAUGGUUUAUCGUUGCUUACAGAUAUAUAUUAAAUUACUGUCUGUAUCCUAUCUUCCCAACUUCCCAUCUACAACCCAUCCCCAUUAUCUCACCUUUUUUAUUAUAACGAGUAUAUGAAGCGUAUAUGCACUAUUGUAGUUUUUAUAAGUACUAAUAAUACAUUAAGAAGACCUGUUGACGUGUAAAGUUUAUAUUAUUCAAUGUUAUUUAGCAAAAACUUAGGUGCCUAAUAAUAUUUUCUAGUCUAAAUUAUAUUUAAACUGUCGGCAGUUUACGCGAGCGUACCUAUUUUGUUAUUUUCAAAACUUUCCAAAAUGUAAAUCCAUUCAUGAAUUAGAAUUCCAUGGAGGUCGUGGCCUUGAAACUUGGAAUUAUUAAAUGAGAAAAAAAUACCACAAAUUUAAUUUCUAACCUAUAUAACAAUGUAAGUAGAUAUAAUAUAAUUGAACUAUUUUAACGCAACGGCAAGUAUUUCUUAUACUUGCUUGUCGUACGUCAUAAUAUUUUUAUUAUAGUCCUAUUUAUGUUUUAUAGUGAUGUAAUAUUUGUGUAUGAUUAUGUAAAAAUGUCGAUAAAAAACACACAAUACACACACACACACACACACACAUUCAUGUGAACAUUAACUAAAUGAAAUCACUGUUCUCCUCCCGGGAAUACUUGGCGCCUAUCUUCCAUAUUGUUACAGUAACCGGAUCUGAGCACAUUCGAGUAUUUAUAAUAUAAGUAUAUAACACAGUUAUCGUUUCAAUGUAAACCCGAAUAAUAAUAAUAAUAAUAUAACGAUGAUAGUACGGCGAGGAUAGUAUUUUUUAAUAUUUUCACUGUUUCUGAAUGAAAAACAAUUUUUGAUACUGCGCAGAUAUACGAGUACAUACUAUAUUAUAACACAAUAUUAAAAUAGUGACGUAUUUGAGGAGGGCGUUGGGUGUCUCGUCCCACCUUUAGGUUUUUUCAAUACAUGUAUAAUAUUAUAAUUUAUUAUAUUAUACAGAAGUGCCAAAGAUCAAUAAUAUUGAUCAGCAGAAAAAACAAAAAAAAAAAAUCGUUAUUAUAAAAUAAUAUAAAUACUCCUUUUGUUUUACUAUUAUUUUUUGUUACUGCAACAGCACCAGUAAUAAUAAUCGUAUUAAUAUAUAAUUGAAAAAAAUACCGCAAUUAUGCGUUAAAGAUAAAAUAAUGUUCAUUGAUACUUAUUCAUAAUCUGACCUCACCUAACAUAACCUAACCUUACCGUAUCAUUCUAUACCUAUCAUAAUAUCACUAGGACUAUCCCUAUUCUUUUAGGACAAUGUAUACCUAUAUUCGUUAUAGAUAUAUAAACCUGUAUGCCUAAUUAUUACUAAAUAUUCUUUACUUAAAAUUCAUUUUUUAAAAAUAUAUUUGCUUAAAUCAGCCAUAAUACGACUCCAUCUCCCGAUUUUUCUUCCGAAAAGCGCUUCAAAGGAGUACUUGUAUUACAGUAAUAUAUUUGAUACCCAUAACGAGCCCCCUCAACUAUGUAAGGUAUAUAUUAUAUCAAAAAAAAAAAAAAUUGUAAAUACUAUAUUGUAUGCAUAUUAAACUACAGAUUAAAAUUUAAAACGGGAUGAUAAUUUUACAUCCGGUAUAGUUUUCAAUAUUGUAAUAUUAUUGUGUCAUUAACGUAUACAAUUGAUUCAAUACAAACUGUAUAAUAAUAUAAUAAAAAAAAACAUUGUAUACAUAUUUGUAUGUUCGAGAUAACAAAAUACUAAGAAUUAGUAAGUUAAUUAAUCGUCAAUAAUUAAUUCUACCUAUAUUUUUUAUUUUUACGAACAACUAAUAUACAAUGAAAUAAUACAAUGUACAAUAUUACUUAGAUUAUAUAAAACGAUGGGUUCGGUUUUUAUAGAAUGUUCACUUCUCAUUUUCUAAUAAUUUAUAUAACACUACUUAGCUACGAGUUAUUUCAUUCAAAAUUUCGCUUAAAUACUGCAGUUUUAGUGUACAUAGCUAUUUGCUAUAGUAUUGUCUCGACCGGUCUAUAAUUUAUAAAUUAUGCACUAUGUCAGAUUAUUUUAUAGUAUGACAUUUUGUAGGAGUUUGAUUAUAAUAAUAUAAUACUUAAACCUAUUGCCUAUUAAUGCAGAAGUAACAAAAUGUUUUCGGUUUUUUAUUCGUUUUAAAAUUAAAAAGAAAAAAAUAUUUGUUGAAACAAUAAUGUAUAUUAAAAAAAUCUUCUGAUAUAAGUUAAAAAAUAUACCUAUAUGGAUACAAUGUGCAUUUCUUUCACGACGAAAUUUGUAUUUUUUUUUUUCUGUGUUAAAAAUUACCUAUUUAGAAACCGUGUUUGCAGUCCACCGUAUCAGUCGCAUCAGGCAUCUUCGGUGCAUAUAUUUUAAUAAGUACACGUAACAAUAUAGCAAUAAAAUAUAAUUUUUUAAGUAGAUACAUUUGUAUAAUAUUAAAUAUUAUAAAUACAUACAUAUUAUGCUUAGUGGUGACGAAACCGGUAGUCAAGGGUGGUACCCAUGAUGGGUUUUUUUUGCCUUUUGGAUUUACUUUCUUACGAUAUUAUCGCCAAAACUUCGAGCUACUUUUGAGCUUUUAAGGAAUAUUAAUUGGAAGUUUUUUGGAUUUAAUUCUGUUAUAAAUACACGUAGAGACUUGAAACUUGGUAAUCAUACUUAUGUUGGACUUAACUAGAUGUGAUAAAAUUUCCAAAAUCAUCGGAUGACUUUUUUUCCAAUGAUACUUUUUUAUACUGUAGACCACUUUUAGAAAACUUGCUCUAAUAUACAAGUGUAGCACCUUUUCUAAAAAUAAAUUUUAUCUACUUGGUAAAUACAUAGGUUAUUUUUUGAUUUUUGAAACGGCAUUUAAAAAAAAAACGAUUAACUGGGAAAAAAAAUAAGAAUAUUUCACGAUUUCGUUAUUUUAAAUAAAUACGUUUUCUAGCACAAAUAUGACUCUAUUUAUAAAACGAUAAGAGAUCAUAUUUUUGUUUUUCAAUAAACAUUUUGAAAUCAAAUUCUAACGAAAAUUCAAAAAAAAUUACCGAACUACGUUCGGAAUCGUCUUUCGUCAGAAAUCGUUUAUCGUUGCUUACGGAUAUAAAUGAAAUAACGUUAUGUAUUCUACCUUCUCAACUUCCCGUCUACAACAGUGGCUGCAUCCGUCCCCAGUAUCAGCUUUUUUUUUUAUUCUAUAAAACUGUUUUUAAUUCAGUAAUUCAAGAAUAACAGAGAGCUACUAUAUAAAAAUCACGAACAUUUUUUUCAAUAAUUUUGUUAUCUGACAUUUUGUAAAAUAUUUGAUAUUUUUAAUUAUUUCAAUGGCUUGAUAUAUAGCAAUACAAUAUUAUUUCAUAACGAUAUUGAGAAUUAACAUUUUUGCAUACCCAUCAUUCAUAAUAAUCAUUGCUAUUUGAUUUUAAUUAUUCGAGGAUGCAUGUGUUAUAUGCAAUGUAAAAAUUAAAAAUUAAAAAAAAAAGUAAUAAAUAUAAUGUACAAAAUAAGUAUAUAAUUCGAUUUUGAUAAAAUUAAAAACAAUUUUUUGUUAAUACAUUUUAAUUAAAUUUAUUUAAGUUAUUUAAUUAAUUAAUUUUAAUGUAAUAAAUUGUCUACUUAUUUUAAAAUGAUAAAUUUCUAACUCUUUUAUAUUAAUCCGGUUUAGAUUUUAAACUGUUGUAACCCAUGAAUGGUAAAUCUAAUAUUAGUAUUUUAUCAAAAUUUGAUUCCAAGUCAAAAUAUCUCUGGUCAUAAUAUCUAUGACAAAAUAUCUCCAGUUAAGAAUAUCUCCAGUAAAAAAUAUCUCUAAUGGAAAUAUCUCUUGCAGACAAUACGUCUCAUUAAAAAAUGUCUAGGAUUUAUAUGAAUAAUUUUUAUUACCUAUUAAUUUUAGAUUGUAAGCAAUCCCUCUUAAAAAAAAAUAAAAAAAGUUUCAAUUGAACAAAAACUAAAUAAACAUUUUAACUGGCUUGAGUAUCAUAAUAAACUCUUGCUGUAUUUGUAUCACACGUUUUAUUUAACCCUAGCGUAGGAACUCGUAAUUACGAGUAAUUACAAUUGUAAAAAUAUUUCAGACAAUACUAUAUAAUAAUAAUAUUUUGAUUAGUUAUUAUUUCCUAGGAAAAUUUCUAUAAAAAUAUUCUAUUUUUUGAAUCUGUGAUUGAAAUAGGGAGGUUGCUAUUUAAAAAUUCAAAGUAAAUACUUAUUUCAGGUAUAAGGAGUAUAGGUAAAAAAUUUAAAAUAGUGUUAAAAAACACUGGAAUCAUGAUAAAACACUGGAAAAACGUAGAAAAACCGAGAAAAUAGGUACAAAAUUAAACAAAUAUUUUUAAAGAAAAUAUAUAAUGCCUUUGUAAUUAUUUUACCUUAAUAUGACAUAUUGUUGAUAAAUUGAUACUAUUAACUGAUUUAUAGAUACUUAUAAAUAUACAUUAAAUUUCCCCUCUACUAUCUUCCCAACUUCUCAUCUACAACAGUAGCCCACCUACGUUCGAUGUUGCCCAGCUUUUCUUUAACCUGCAAAUCAUAUCAACCGAUAUCUGAAAUCCACGCAUAUAGUACCUACGCAAAACGUAACCAUCCGUAUUUUACUAUUAUUUUAAACCUGAUAAAAUAUUUAGUAUUUAGAAUGUAUAAACUGUGUAUUAUAAAAUAAUUUUGUUUAGGUAUAAAAUAAAUUAUAACUUUUAUAUUGAUAAUGCACGGAUUUUCAUUGUAAAAUAAAUAUUAGUAAAUACAAUAUUAUUUAGUACUAAAAUAUAUAAUAUUUGGUAACAUUAAAUGUAAAAACACUAAGAAAAUAUUUUAAUUUUUUUAGAUCACAUUGAAGACGUGGAAGAUCCUACUUCUAAAAUUAGCCACCUGAAAGAUUUGUCCAUUGGAACUAAUACAAAACCAAGUAAUAAUGGAAAUGAUAGCCAAUCGUCGACUGAUAUCGAUAUAAUAAAGUUAGGAUCAUUUGUAUCCAAAACUGAAGAAUUACCUGAAGGUAUUCGUAGAGGUAUUUGCAAAUGGUUUAAUUCGAAAAAAGGUUUUGGAUUUGUCACUCCGGAUGAUGGCGGUAAAGACAUUUUUGUUCAUCAGGUAAUAUAAAAAAACAACUACGUGGUAUUCAUUAGCUAAAUAGUUUAACUAAUGUCUUUUUUUUUUUUUUUUUCGUAGAGAGUCAUCAAAAAAGACGGGUUUCGAUCCCUUAGAGAAAACGAGCUUGUUGAAUUUUCAUGUCACGAAUCGGACAAGGGCUUAGAAGCUACUCUAGUUACUGGUCCAGGGGGUCAAUUUUGUAAAGGCUCAAAAAAAGUUUAUCCGGCAAAAAUACUGAGGUAAAUUUACUGUUAAACUUACUGAUAAUACGUGCAUGAUUUAUCUAUUUCUAAUUAUUUUUCACAGAUGUUAUAACUGUGGAGAUUUCGCCAAUCAUAUAGCUGCCAAAUGCACGUUGGGGCCAAUGCCUAAACGCUGCCACAGUUGCAAGGCGUCAGAUCACCUUAUAGCUGAUUGUCCCAAUGCCCAGCCAAGAGAAUCGACAAACAAGUUAACAAAAAAUCAGCGAAAAAGAUUAGAACGAUCAAAAUUUAGACUCAGUAAGUCAAAGCAGGUAGAGGGCACUGCAGAUGAAAAGAAGCCAGAUGUACCCAAUCAGAAUGGGGAUGAAAUCGAUGAUAUACAAGAAAAAAAGAAUUGAGUACAAAAACAACGACUUACACAUUUCAUUAUUUUAUAACAAUAAUUAAUUUUAAUUACAUGGAGAAAAUUUAAUAUUUUUUUAAUCAUUGGAGUUUUAUAAUAUUCCUUACAAUAAGACUUAUACCAAUUUGUAAACUAUUUUUUUUUUCUAAUUUUUAAUUUUUAAUGUUGAUAAGAUUUCAACAAAUUAAAUUAUUUUAUUCGUGUAAUAUUACUCCAGUUGACAUAAUAUUCAUUUUACACGCAGUUUCCUUUUCCUUGGCUAAUAAUCUAAUCAAAUUAUUUCUGUCCUUUCUUGGACGACAGGCGUAUAUUGUUAAUAAUAUGAAAGAUAGAAAUCCUAGAAUUAAUACACUUUUUAUACGCCAAUUCAGUGAAAUUCCAUGAUCAACAGUUAGUGAUACAUCUGAAAAAAAUACAUUAUAUAACUGCAUUAAAAAGUGUAGAUUUACUAACCUUAAGUAAUAUUAUAAUACAAUAUUAAGAAGUGAUAUAUAGAAACCGAAUGAAAAUUGUCAAAAAGCAAUAUUUAUGAGUAUUCUAUGUAUAUUACUGUGUAUAUUUAACUAAUAUUAAAAUGUAUUACAUUGAAACUGUAUGGGUAAAAAAAAUUAUAGGUGUAUAGCAUAAUAUUAGAGUAUUUUUGUACAAUAUAUACCCUUAUUAUACAAAAAAAUAUUUAAAUGAAUCAAGAAAAAGUCCAAUGAUAUUUAUAUAGUUAGCAGUGAUAAUCUACCAGUUUAGUAUUUACUAGUAUAUAAGUA